AUGAGCCGGAGGAACGUCUACAUGAAGUACUCGGACGACGCGAUGUCCUUGGCCAUCCAGGCCGUGCUCAAGAGGAACAUGAGCGUCCGGAAGGCCUCUAACCUGUACUACGUCCCGUUCAGCACCCUCUAUGGGAGAGUGCAGGCGGCUCGCGCCCAGGCGGUAGGCGGCGUAGUGGCCGAUAUCUAUAUUAUGAGAGGUUCUUUAACAUCGAGAGUCAAAUUUAAUAUGGUACCAUUUCGAAUUACACUGGAGGCAAUAUCAUUCUGGCUCGAGAAAAAUCAGGGCAACCUUGAGAGAAUUGUUCCGACUGCCUCAAGCAUUUCGUUAACCGCGAUAUGCUUCCAAUUCUGA